AUGCGUGUCCGGCUGUACGCGGCGUUGGAGGAUUACCAUCCCGCCGAGCUGUACCGGGCGCUCGCCGUGUCUGGGGGUACCCUGCCCCGCCGAAAGGGCUCCGGGUUCCGCUGGAAGAGCCUCAGCCAGAGUCCUGAACAGCAGCGGAAAGUGCUGACGUUGGAGAAGGGGGAUAAGGAGACCUUCGGCUUUGAGAUCCAGACCUAUGGCCUUCACCACCGGGAGGAGCAGCGUGUGGAGAUGGUGACCUUUGUCUGCCGAGUCCAUGACGCCAGCCCUGCCCAGCUGGCUGGGCUCACCCCUGGGGACACCAUUGCCAGUGUCAAUGGCCUGAAUGUGGAAGGCAUCCGGCAUCGAGAGAUCGUGGACAUCAUCAAAGCAUCGGGCAAUGUUCUCAGGCUGGAAACUCUGUAUGGAACGUCCAUUCGGAAGGCAGAGCUGGAGGCCCGUCUGCAGUACCUGAAGCAAACCCUGUAUGAGAAAUGGGGAGAAUACAGAUCCCUCAUGGUACAGGAGCAGCGGCUGGUGCACGGCAUCGCCGUGAAGGACCCGAGCAUCUAUGACACCCUGGAGUCCGUUCGCUCCUGCCUCUACGGAGCUGGCCUGCUUCCGGGCUCUCUGCCUUUCGGGCCGCUCUGGACUGAGGCCCGGGAGCAGGCCCUGUGCGCCCCGGGCCUGCGCAAAACCAAGUACCGCAGCUUCCGCCGGAGGCUGCUCAAGUUCAUCCCCGGACUCAACCGCUCCCUGGAGGAGGAGGAGAGCCAGCUGUAG